UUCCUCAUUAAUGAAUUAAGAUACAACUUGUAUUCCAAGUCGUUACCAUAUUUGUUACUAUAUCUGUUAAUUUCGCAAAUCUUAGUGAACUACUGAAGGAGCCACUGAAGAAAGUACUGCAGGAACUAUUGAAGGUGAAAUUAACAUGGCCCAUCUCUUAUUAUUACAAGUGGUCUUGUUGCCAAGUAUUCAGGGUCUGUUCACAGUGGAAGUGGCUAGUCCAUCCUACCAGGCAGAAUUUGAUGGUUCUGUCAGUAUGGAGUGCAGAUUUGCACCGGUGGACAGAACCUCUAAUUUGUCUGUAUUCUGGCACCGCAUCCUUCCGAGACCUCCGCUGGGCGUCUACAGCUUACAGAACGGGCAGGAGGACCUCAGCUUCCCAGACCCACACUUCAGUGGCAGAGUAGAACUCCUGAAAGAUAGCUUAAGGAGUGGAAAAGCUCUGCUUAAUAUCAACAAACUGAGAAUAAAUGACUCUGGUACAUACCAGUGUCUUGUGGAGAUGGUGGGUGCUGACUACAAACAGACAACCCUCACUGUAAAAGCCACAUAUCAGCCAGUUAAGAAGAGCAUAAGAAGUACUGGGAGAAAUGAGGUGCAGUUGUCCUGCCAAACAGAAGGCUACCCGCUAGCCAAAGUUGUUUGGACGGACGGGAGAGGCAGAAAACUUGAGAAUGAUAGUUUCACCAAUUUCACAUCUUCAACCCAGCUCAUCCACAUCACCAGCCAAGUCACCAUAAAAACCUUCAGCAACAACUACACCUGUACCAUCAUGGGGGAAAGACAGCCACAUCCAUCUGCUACAUUUAUUAUUCCAGAGGAAAUACCUGAAAGUCUAUCAGGAAAACCCCCAAUUGGUCUUGUGUUUCUGGCAGUCUUUGUUAUGGCUGUGAUAAUGGCUGUAGCCUUGGUCUUAUAUCACAGACAGAAAGGUCACAAACAACAUUAUGCUGUGAGGAACAAUGAGUAUCUAAUUCAAGAAAACAUUGCUGCUGCACUGGAAGGAGGACAAGUGGGAGAACUGAGGAAGGUGCUGAAAAACAGACACCGGGGGCUUUUGGCAGAGGCGGAGGAAGGGCAGCUCCGGGCCCUUUGUGACAGUGAGCUGCCUCACAGGCUUCGCAGCAGGGAGGGCGUGGCGGUCGAAGUCGCUUCUCUUCUGCCUGACGUGAAGGAGACGGUGCUCCUGGAAGGGAUGACCGAGACCGGAUGUGGAAAAUCGUCUGUGGCUCUCAGUUUAGCCUCCAUCUGGGCUCGUGACUUUGAGUGGGACCCCUUUGGUGUCAGACACCUCCUGCUGCUGAUCCUCGUGACCUGCAAAGGAAUAAUGGGCGACCUCUUCCAAGAGGCAACGUCGCAGCUCAACCUGGGGGGCCAGUGCACAGCUGAGAGUCUCCGGUCGCUCAUGGCAGGGCCAGUCGAGGGGCUGUUAAUCCUGGACGGGUACAGAGAAGGCAGCAAGGAACUAGAUGAGUCCCUGGCCAGCUUUCUGAGGGACAGGCAGAUAUGCCGCGUCCUGAUCACAGCACAGCCUGGACAAUGCGGCAUUCUGGAAAAGAGCUGCAGGACCAUUCUUCAGCUCCCCAGUAUGGAACCUGAAAACCAAGGACUCUCCUGAAAGUCAGCAAAGGAUAAACUGAUGAACUGAAGGGAUGCCGUGGAAUUUUGCUUUCCCAUAGUGCCUUUGACAUGCAUGUCUGAGUGCUGAAUGCAAAAACAUUUUUCUGUGUAUGACACACUUCACACACAAGACUAUGAGAGAAGCAGACUUCGAGCAUCAAUAUAUUUACAUCGUCCUGUUACUGAAGCUCUUAUUGGGGCGUGUGGCUCACCAGGCUAACCCAGCUCGAACCCAGCUUUACCAUGUCUGCGGGUCCUUGAGCAAGGCCCUUAACCCCCCCAGCUCCCUGGGCGCCAACAGGUGGCUGCCCUUCGCGGACAGCUUACUCUACAAGGAGCAAGUUGAGGGAGGCGUAAAGACAAUUUCCCCACGGGGAUCAAUAAAGUAUCUAUGAUUAUCUAAAAUGA